CUCCGCCGUGGGUUUGUGUUCCGCUGCUGCUGCUCUUCUCUUCAAAGCAGAGGAAAGUCGGGGCUCGUGUGUCAACAUCCAGGCUAUCUCCGGGGAGGCGUAGCGUUAUUCCAAAAAAAAAAAAAAAAAAAAAAAAAAAAAAAAAGAGCCUGAUGUCCCUUUUCAGAUCCUUUUAUUUGUGUUAGCCAGUCCAUCCUCAGGCUCGUGGGACCCUCGGCAGAACCAGUCGCUGUUCGGCGCUGCUGCUUUGACGUUAGCUAACCUUUAAAGGAUGACAGAGUACAAAGUGGGAAUAGCGUCUCCAAUCAUUUCAUAAAAUAUCUGGGGACGUGUUAGCUUAGCCAGCUAGCCUGGUAAUUCGAUUUCUCCAAGGAAACACGACGAUCCACACUGCUGACAUGAUGUUUCCUCAAUCUAGGCACUCGGCGUCCUCCCAGUCCAGUCAACCUCUCAAGUUCACCACUUCUGACUCUUGUGACCGCAUCAAGGAUGAGUUCCAGUUCCUCCAAGCACAGUACCACAGUUUGAAGUUGGAGUGUGAUAAAUUGGCCUCUGAAAAGUCAGAGAUGCAGCGUCACUAUAUCAUGUACUAUGAAAUGUCCUAUGGGCUGAACAUUGAAAUGCACAAACAGGCUGAAAUAGUGAAGAGACUGAAUGGAAUUUGUGCUCAGGUGCUGCCUUACCUGUCACAGGAGCAUCAGCAGCAGGUCAUGGGGGCCAUAGAGAGAGCCAAGCAAGUCACACCACCUGAGAUGAACUCCAUCAUACGGCAACAACUCCAGGUGCAGCACCUGUCCCAGCUCCAGGGUCUGGCCCUGCCUGUGGCCCCGCUGCCCCUGGGCCUCACCCCUCCCACCCUGCCCGCCGUCUCCUCCAGCUCCGGCCUGCUCUCCCUGUCCUCCAUCUUGGCCAACUACUCCCACGGCCAGGCCCAGGGGGUGAAAGAGGACAAGGCCCGGGAUGGGGCGGAGAGGGCGCCCAGAGGAGAGGACGGGGACAAGUCAGACUAGUGUGAACGCCACGAGAAGGUUAUGACCAAGGGGUGUUGUAGGUUGAAGAUUCAAAAAGAGAAAGGUAAAACUGUAACUGUAAAUGGAGAUUAAUGUAAGUCUGGCUGGCUGCCUGCUGACUAUCGAUGUACGAGAAUUUUUGCCAGGAUGACGACGAGGAAAGAGGACAGAAUGAAACUGGGAACAUUAUUUUGAUGUGCAAAAAAAAUGACUGAGAGUUAACGUUCAAAUAAUUUAGUCGUAAUAGAGUCAUUUCAGGCUUUUAGACUUUAAAUAGAUGCUUUUUUAGUGUAAGCCAGUAUGGUUAGGUUUAACCAGGAUAUUAUAUUUUCCCAUUUGGAAAGACGGUUGAAGAUAAAAGCUACGAGCAGUCUCCCUUACAUGGAUCUGCCUUUCACAGGUUCUUUUAUUCUUUCUUCUUUUUGUCUUAAAGUCUAUUGUCACUGUUUUUCCAUUUUAAUGUUCUCUCUCUCUAUUUUUUUGUUUUUCUAACCUGGCAGUUGUCUGUCAGCUGCAGUGAAAACUUAACAAUUCCUGUUGACGUUUUCAUCCACUUCCAAACUAUUUUUCAAUCAGUUUAUUUCCAAAGCUUCUUGGCAAACUUUGAGUGCAUUUAUAUACUUGGAACCAAAUUGAAUCUCAAUUGAAGUGGGAUGUUUUAAAGGGACAUGUCCGGUGUGCUUGUCAAGUGUGUUCAAACUUAGAUGAUUUUUCAGCCUUUUUUUUUCGUUCUCGUAUGACCAACCACUGGAUCCAUCAGCUCUUGUACCUCAGUCCCACAUGAAAGGGAUUUUAUUCCAUUAAAAAUCCUGCAGUUUGUUAACACAACGCAGGUGUUAAUUUAUGUUUUGUAGGCCUAGCUGCUGCUACGUGCUCUACAUUGUUUGGACCGUGACUCAUCUUUAAAUUAGAAGAAUUCAAGCUCUGGAAAAAAAAAAAAAACUUUUUGACAUUGGUUUCAUAAAGUUAAAGACUGACUUAUUAGACAUUAAAAAUGUGUUGUGUGUGCUAGGGUGAAUGUGAUUGGAAAGAAGAAAAUUUGUGUUUAAUUUAACUUUUUCGUUUUUUUUUUUUAAAUUAAGCACCUUUUGUAGUUUCCUCUCCCCCUUCCUGUUCCCCAUGUUAGUCCAGUCUCAAACUGACUGAGACAAACAUGAACAGGAUCUCAACUGUAGAAGCAGUUGUCAGAUUGAAGAGUACUGUAUUUACUUUAGGAGACAGUUUCAGUUCAUGCUGAUACUGAAUCAAGCACGGCAAUAUAUGUAACCGUAAGUUGAAAAAUCUUCCCUUAUUUUGAAAUUUUCCUUUGUUUCGAUGAAGAAUGUGUCCUGGGUGAGUUGCUAAAGCUCUGUAAGCAACAACAAAAAUAACACAAGUCUCUCACAACUGGAAAUCAUGCUUUUGAACCAGGUCUGUGUCCUGGUUAUAAGACAAAGUUAUCCUAACGUGUGUCCUAGUUCCAUACUACAUAUAUGCUCUUUAUUGUGUAUAUGUUUAAUCCACCAAGUUCUGUCAGUUCUUUUUAAACCAACACAAAACCAGUGUCGCUCAGGAGUAUGUUGUGCAGAAAUAAAUUGGUUGAGAACCUGGAAUGGUGGUUCCAAGGUGGAACCAAAGCAUCAUAGGUUUUCCUUUGACCUGAAUGUGAACUAUUGUGGAUCGGUUGGAAUGUGAGGAUUGUGAUGACAACAACAACGCAGAAGUCUGAGUAAGCAGUGGAAAAAAGAAUGUGGAAAAAAUGACUGAAUUAGAAGGUUUAUGAUCUAAGGAGAUUAGGGAGAAAAGAAUAAUGAUUAAAUACUGCAUUUCCUCAAAUAGUGACCAGGACCUCUUCUUUUACCUGCAGAAGAUAUCAGGCUUUUAUUUGAAGGAGGUUUGUAUUAGAGGCAGGCCUUUAUUUCUAAUGUCCUGUUUAAUAACAACAAAUGGUCUUGUUUUAUUUGCAGUGUUAAAAAUACUGAUACAGUUGUUGUUGUUUUUUUACCAACACAACACUUCUACCCCUUAACUCUUACAAAGUAAAAGCCCUUAUGCAUUUUAGUGAAUAGAAAUUAUCCAUUGCUUAGUGGAGGUUUUUUUUUGUGUAAUCAUUGUCUUCAAAUAAUGGUUUCAGAG